UCCCUCCAAUAGUCGACCCACGCGGCACUUUCAGAAAGGAUGUCGUUUGCUCUUUGUAUAUAAGAUCAUGUCAAACCCUCCCCCCCUCCAAGUGAAACCCUAAACCUCGGCUUGUGAAGUGGGAAUUGCAAAUGGCGGAGCACAUACCUGAAGAUGUUAUAGUAAAAAUCUUCCAGAGGUUGCCCAUCAAAUCCUUAAUCCGCUUCACCUCCCUUUCGAAGCGCUGGCGCUUCAUCAUACUCCGCGACCGUCAGUUCGCCACAUCCCAGUACCAAAUCGCUUCCGACAACAACAAAAGUGUAUGUUUCCGUACCUGCUUUGAUUUUGAUUGUGAAUUCUUCAAAUCGCUGAACUUGCAAACGACGACGUCGGCUUUGACAAAUCUUCGCUGCCCAUUCAAGCAACCUAACUGUGUGGUUUUCUUAUACUCAUCAUGCCGUGGUUUGGUAUUUGCAUCUUUUAAUUCAAUAGCGAGGUAUAUAUGGAACCCAUCAACUGGGUUCUUCAAAAAACUACCUGAUCCAGGUGUUCAAACAGAGUUCCAAGUCUUCACUGGUUUUGGGUAUAUCUCAGCCACCGACGAGUACAAGAUUCUCAUAGCCACCUCUAAACGUGGGAAGAAGGGAGAGGGAGCCAAGAUCCGCAUCUUCUCGUCGAAAUCCAACUCUUGGAAAAGGAUUCAAGAUUCCCAGUAUUUCGUCUUGUCAACGACAUUUGACGGGACUCUUUUAAAUGAGGCACUUCAUUGGCUGCGCAGAUCUGAUGUCGUUAUAGUUGCUUUUGAUUUAGCAGAUGAGGAGUUCCGGACAAUGCCGCUACCGGUUGUUGAGGAUCACUAUGCUGGUGGCUAUUUCAGACAUCUAGGGGACUUUGGAGGUUGCCUGUGUGUGUUUGGUCAGGCUGAUACUAAUGCUGGCUCUAUGGAUUUGUGGGUCAUGAGGGAAUAUGAUGCGGGUAACUCCUGGACUAAGCUGUUUAACUUAAAGUUUUCCGAUCAGCCUGAGCAGAUAAAUUUUGUCAAGCCAAUCUGGGUUAUGGAAACUAGUACAUUUAUGGAGGUACGUACUAAUUCUGAGAGGGAUCCGAAGUGGGUAAGGAGUUAUCAUAAGGAAGAGAAGAUCGAAGAGAUUCAUAUGAAAGAGAACAUAUUCAAAGAUAUUCGUACGGAAAGAGAGUCAGUGAUUGGAUAUGAAGAGAGUCUACUUUGGCUUGAGUAAAUGAUUACUCUCUGCAUCCAAUGUCAGAUAUGAACCCAUUUUGAAAUCGAUGCAAGAUGGUUGGACAGCAUAAAGGAAGUUGAAGCAUCUCUUUUCAUAAGUAUCAGCAGAAGAUCACAUGUUAUACUAUUGCUGUUAAGGUUUACAAACUAAGAGUUCAGGCAGGUUGACCACUGUUUGCAAUAUUGAAGAUGUUCGAUCUCUUCAUUUUUUUUCCCUCUUGAUUUGUAUUUUUCCUUCUGUUUUCAUAGAGCUUUAGAAUACAUCACAGUACACUCACAUGAUAUGAUCUCAUAUCAUAUACCAGUCAUCUUCUAUUAUGGUGCAACACCAACAGAAGAUGGAAAAAAUGAUAAAGAGAUUGAAAAUUAGAGCAGUCUUUCUUCCAUUAAAUUUGUUGGAUUCUUCUAGCUAGUUUUUGAUAGUUCGAUGGACUUUAAAUGCUUCCUAAUAUCAUUUGACUCAACUGCAAUUGCUUCCCAACAAAUUUUGUGUGAUUAAUGGAUUCUCUUCGAUUUUUGUUACUUAUUGUUUGAUCCCUAUUAUCCCACUGAAAAAUGAAUUGAAAGAAGUAAAAUUAGAUAUGCCCCUAUAACUAAAUCAUGCAAAAUUAGUUGAAUUACUGUAUCAUCUUUUGCAUUGAAGUGAACUGAGUUAAGUUUCAAAAAUGUGUAUCGUGUUUAAGGCCUCUAUUUGGGAUGUUAUCAAGAUGACAUGGGCAUUUGUAUUAUGUCACUUCGGUUCUGGUGUUGAAUAUUUGUGUCUGUCAACAGUCAAAAAACCCAAUGCCAGCUGUCCAUGGUCUCCGAAAUUCAUAAAAUUUGGAAAUGAGCAUAAUACUGUGCAUCUUCAUUUUGCUGUUUUUCACUCUAGAUGCGUGCAUGAAUGGAUCUUACAUCAUAAUGUGAAAAGGUGUUGUUGCGUAAUACGUGUGAGCAUUUUAAUUGCUUAAUUCAAUCACUUAUAUAAUAAGGCAAAAAGAUGUUUUCCUUGUAACUCUUACUAUUUGCCUUCUGAUGUUUGAAUAGUUGUUUUAACUUGUUAUUCGUUAAAUGAAGUUAUAUGUUAUUUAAAAUUUUGUUCUUUUGUAUUGUAUGU